AUGUCUAUUCGUGUUAAUAAGAUUGAGACAACUGAAAAAGAACUAUCCAAAGAGCGUCAAGCAAUUUUGAAAAAGUUAACCGGCAUUUGGGGACCACAAAUAGCACAAGAUUUCGUUUUUCCAAAAACAGAUGAAACACGUCGGUUAACGACAAUUGAAGAUUUAAAGUUACCCUUUUUACUAUCUCAAUAUAAGCUAUCGAUUGAUAACUCUUGUCAAACAUUCGGACGCGGUCAACUAGCACAGCAUGGAUCCGACGAUGUCAAUCAUUCCUAUAUUGACAAAGGUCAAAAAUAUUUACAGUUAACGAACACCUAUCUAAUAAAUCAUCUGCAAACACAUUUGCUGUUUAAAUGCUCUAAAUUAAAUGAAGACAGAGCAAUAUCACUUCGUUCAACGGCAAUGUCCACACUUCAGCAGUUAAAUAAUGAUCAAAGUGUACAAAAAUAUUUUGUUGAAAAACCAGUGAAGGAUUAUCCAUUUCAACUCUUGUGUACAGUUGAAGAACAGCAAGAACCUAGUGUAGAUAAAAACACAGAUUAUGAUAAUAAAGAUGAAGAAAUCCAACAAUCACUGUUCGAUCUUUCGAAGAAAAAUCGUCUGAUAUUGGAAAAUAAUAAAAAGUACAGAGUAAAGUUUUUAAAACAUCAGGAUCCGUUAAAAUCACGUUCACCACUAGCUCAAUUAACUUAUGGAGGUGGUAAGAAUGUGAAUUUUGUUAAGACAAAAAAAUCACAACAAGCUCUAUUUGGUCUCUCAAAUGAUUAUUCGUUAUUUAAUACUGAAAAGUCAGUUGCUCCAGGGCUUGCAUCACAAAUAUCAAAUGACCAGCAUAAACUAUUACCAGCUGUCAAAGAACAUCGUCCAAGUAUAACAUCGAUAUUAAAGCAACGUAUACCACAUGAGAAGAACUAG